CAGAAAAAUCACCUGGCAGGCGACAUGGAAUACGCAAAUAACAAAAAAUUAUUUAGUUCCCCCUGGGACCUGCAAGAGUGGGCAGCCUCGGACGAUCGCGUCCGCGGCGGCCACUCGACGUCAUGCUUGUCUCGCACGCCUCACGGCGUCCUCUUCCACGGAAAUCUUGACAUCAAAGCACUGGGCGGCGCGGGGUUCGCAUCGCAGAAAACCGUCAGCACUGAGAAGACCUGGGACCUGUCGGACUACGAUGGACUCGAGCUUGACGUGCAUGCCUGCGACAGCAAGCGUUACACCGUGGCAGUGACAGAUGAGAUCCCUGAGCGUCGACCUGACGGUCGCGAGCAGAGUGCCCUGAUUUGGGAGGUGGAUUUCUGCCCUAAAGAGAUGGAAAAGGUGGUCCGGGUGAAGUGGAGCGAGCUGCGACCGACCUAUCGAGGCAAGGAGGUGCCUGUUGCACGACCUUUGGACUUGAGUCGUGUGCGGCGGUUUCGGAUCAUGAUUAGGAGCUUUUUUGGUGCGCAGGAGGGCGCAUUCCAGCUGGAGGUGCGUUCUAUUGGGGUGUUUCGGGCGCUGUAUCAGGAUGAAGAAGAUACGGAGUACAUAGACGAGAAAAGCUGGGCUACGGAGGAAGGAGAGGAUGGCUUGCUAUGUGGAUGCUGUGGAAUCGUGUGAAAUUAUCUUUAUUCUUCUCCGGAAUACUAUUAGCAUGAUCACUCUCUGUGCGCAGUGAUCCGGCCCAACCCCGACCUAAAGAACAAUACUCUAUCCUGCAUGAAAUCAGUCAUACUCUACCCAAAAAGGGAGUGAGGAGCGUACCUGAAUCCACCCCGGCACGUAAUUCACCAACAACCACAUCAGCGUGGAAUUGGCACCCGUCCAAACCCUCCCCGACGUACCGUUGAUGAGCUUAUCUGCCACCUGGUCCGCAUAAUCCGUGGUAGGGGUCUGGAGAAAGGUCUCCACGCCACGAACGCGAGCAGUAAUCACCGGCUCGAUGGGUUUAUACCUAGACGCGGGAGGCAGGGACCAGGUGUUGAAGAAUGCCAGCGCUCGAGUCUCGACGGCCCCGGUGAUAAGAGACACGGUUUUGACGCCGAAUGGGGCGAGUUCCAGUCGAAGGGUUUCAGCCAUUAGGUCCAUGGAAGCUUUCGACGCAUUGUAGACGCCUUGCGGGGGUUACUAUCUGGACUUUAAUCUAAGAGGGUGGGGUACACACCCAUGAACGGUAGAUGGAAGUGGCCUGUAAUAGAGGUAAUGAAGCUCACCGUGCCCCGCGCCCGGAUCAGCAGUGGAGCGAAUGACUGCGUGACGGCGAGAGCGCCCCAGACGUUGGUCUCGAAGAGCUGGCGACAAGCAUCGGGGUCU